CAGUGAGAGACAGUGAGAGACAGAGAGAGAGAGAGAGAGAGAGAGAGAGAGAGAGAGAGAGAGAGAGAGAGAGGGGGGCGGUGCGGAGUUCCAGCUCGGCGGAGAGAGGAGAGGGUAGUGCCCCGCCUCUCUCCGACACGUUGCCCAGGGAGAGGCUGCACGGGCUGGAUGGGACUCCUGCUUUCAUGGUUUCACUCCAUCUUCAUCAGUCGGCUCCGUCCGUCAGCGCGUCCGCACAUACUCUGCUGUCUGCCGCGUGCCCUCAACUCACCGCGCCGAACGGGAAACACACGGUUCACUUCUGAUGCGUGAUGCUUACGGCUGGAUGAGCCUGUAUCUCCAACAUGUCGACCUCAGACUCGGAUUACUCCAUUGACUGGCUCGCCAGCGAUGAGGAUGACUACGACAGCCCAACAAGAUUAAGUCCUCAUCAAGCAGAGGAGUCGCCUGUACCGCCAUCAUCAACCUCAUCCACAUGGAAAGCUCCUCCAAGCUGCAUGCACUGUGGAGCGACACAGCAGGGCAGGAGGCGGAGCGGCUACUGUGACUGUAAAGACGGAGGCAGCUGUGGGACCCACGCUGAGACUCCAACCGCCUCGCAGACUCCGACGCUCAGUCCAGUUCAGGGAUUAACUUCUGUGUGUGAGCAGCUCUCAGCGGGGUCAAAUCAUCAUUACACCAGGAAGAGAGUGCACAGCGCUCAUGUGGAGGGACUCUGUGAAAAGACUCAAACAGACGCAGAAAAUGAACUAUUCUCGCAGAAGUGCGCCGAGCUGCAGUGCUACAUCCAACCUUUGUCGUCCAUCCUGCAGGGCCUGAGAUCAGGCAGGUACUCUGAACGUUUCAGCCGUUUCCAGGAGAGCGUGGCCAUGGACCGGAUCCAAAGAAUAAUGGGGGUCCUUCAGAAUCCAGACAUGGGUGGACGCUUCCACAGCAUUGUACUGAAGAUAGAAGAAAUGCUGCACAGUUGGUUCCCUCACAUCAGACCGGACCUGACGCACACAGACCACUGCACUCCGGCAAAAAAGCAAAAGCAUCAAAGCAGCGCCUCCCCUCCCCCGCACUCCCCGGUGUCGUUCUGCUCCUCAGACUCCUCCACCCGCCUCAAAUGGCUCCACAUGUCGCCCAUCUGUCCCCUGAAGACUCUUGAAUCCACCCUCAGCCAGCCCGCCUCGGCCUCCAGCUCCCCUCCACCUGCACGCUGCAGCCAGGGAGCGACCCAGGACAGCGCUGUCUCCUCAUCCACCGAUUCGCACUCCUCGGUCCCUAGCCGCCUCAGCCGGGGGCCGCUGCCCUUCAAGUUCACCACGCCGUGUCUGGUGAGACUCCUGCAGGCGAAGGACAGCAUCAUCGUGCCCCGGAUGAUGGAAGACGGAGGCUUGGGGUCCUGAGAGAGGACGCCGAGAACCAGAGGCUGAUCCAGGGUCAGAUCUGGGCUUCCACAUUAGACACUACAAGGCCUUAAAAAAGCAUGUUUCAAAGUCUUCUAUAUCUUUUUUUAAACAGCGGAAAUGCAGUUCCCUCAGACUUCAGGUUCUUCAAAGAGUCAGAAUGUGAUGAAGAGAAAGCGGGCUUGGCUUAGUAUGACUUUUAGGACUUUUUAAAAGUCCGUGUGAGAACAUUGGACCUUCACUCUGAGUUUUCACUGAUAUUUGAGUUGGAUGGAUUUCAUCUUCUGAGUUAAAAUGUUAAAACAAUGUUACUGAGACUAAUCUCCUCAAAAUAUGAGGAGUGAACAAAGAGGAAUCGUAACUCUGGGGUGGAAAUAUGGACGAAAGCUCAUUACACUUGGAGACUUGUGAUUUGAAAUACUUGGACUGUUACCUUGUCUGAUUUCUUCUCUUUAGGUCUUCAAUGGUUCCUCUACCUCAUGCUGACACCACACAGUCAACCGUGUCAGCAAAACAUAACGGUCAGUGAUAACACUUGGAAGUUUUGCAGGAGAUGCUGAGCAACGCAUCUUACAUGCAACACAUCUUGGGGUGUGAAAAACCUUUCUUAUACUGCAGUUUAUCAUGACCAGAGUCUUUCAUUAUAUUUAGCUUGAAGUCUACACUUUUUCCAGAGGGAUUCAAAAAGGUUUUGAAUACCCAAACCCUGGAUUCAUUGGUCAGUUUUUGUCUUUCACGCCAUGAAACAUUUCAACACUGUUGUGAAACAGAACGAUCACAGGGACCCCAGAGGAAAUGUGGAAAACUCUCCUGCAACAAUUUUAAAGAUUUGUUCAAGUUAGUCCCAAUACAACCCUCACAUGUACUUUGAGAGAGGUAUCUGUUGCUGUAAUCUUUAACUGCGCUCCAUUCAAGCUGUGAAAGAUACAGCAAACAGGAUACUGUACUUAAACAAGGUGCAAGAUUCCCACUUCGGUUAAACUCCGACUCAUGAAGCUUCAUAUUAGCUUCAGCUGGAGAGAAAUUAGGUCUCAGUAGAGUCAACAAGGGAUGGCUUUAUGGAUGAUUAGACAUUGAACAUUGAUUAGUGGAUCCCUUAGGGGCCACAUUAUGCUUUUUGGGGGUUUCUCUCCCUCACACAUUUUCUUGCUUUUUACACGGUAACAGUGAUCUUCUGACAGAGGGCUUCCAAAACCAAAACAUCUUUCAGAGUACAUGAGACAUGAGUAUUGAGGGAAAAAUGAAUAUCCAAAUGUCUCCCCUUGCCAACGUGAGCACUUAGUUUGAACACACUGAAUAGAUGUGUAAGUUUUCCUUUAAUGUACAUAGUUUUUUUUUCAUAUUUUAGUUACUUCCCAUUAAAGAUGGCCUUUGUCAUGUUUUGUACUUCUGAAAUAAAUGUGAUGUCUGCUUUCUGGAAA